ACUGAGAGCCACUCGAAAUAAACAAGCGCAAAAUAAGGGGGGCCGUUGUAGGGACCGGUCUGGCUCCAGUGUCACGCUUAUCACCAGCCGAUGGACAGAGGGGGCUUACACCUAUAAGUUGCCAUCAGUGAAGCCCAAACCUCCCGUCAGUUUCUGGCUCCAGUGAGCCCAUAUCAUUGUAAACUUUUUUUUAAAUCCUGCGCUGCAUACACUGAGCUCCGACAAAGCGAGGUUUUACUUCAAAAUUGCAGUGAGAACUGCAAGUGGACCUAUGGACAAGUCCUGCUGUCCUCCUUCCCCCACGGCUGGUCUCUAGUAAACCAGAAACAACUCAUAUUCUCACUCACACCCCACCCACACCCAUUAAACCAACCCUCCUCACUCUGUGGUUACACCAUGGCCAGCAAGAGGAAGUCUACGACUCCUUGUAUGAUACCUAGCAAGAUCAUACGCCCUUUAGAGGAGGUUGAACAGGACCCUGUUAUUCUCCGUCAGUCUAGGAUUUCUGGAGGGAGCAGGCACAGCCCCCUAGACCCUGGAGAGUCUUCCAAACCAGAGGCAGGGGACGCUGUCAAAGACGGUGCUGGCACUUACACCUGUAAGCCAUGUAACUUUGAAACCCAUGACCUUAACUUGUUCUUGGAUCACGUGUACACCGGGCACCCAGACUUCCGUGCAGACCCCAGCUUCUUUUGUGUGAGCUGUGGGGUUUCGGCGCCCAAGUUUGAGGGGCUGGCCCUGCACAAUGCGAGGGUCCACCCCAGCACUCUGAACACCACUUUACAGCUGAGGAAGAGGGACAGGAGGGUUGUGGUGGAGCAGAAUCUGGUAACUGGGACAGAGUCGGGGAAGGAUAAUGAGAUUUCCAUCACCAAAACGCCAAUAAUGAGGAUGCUGAAGGGCAAAUCGGAGCCUAAACGGAUAGUGGUGUCCCACCAAGUCUCCGAAGAGUCUUCCUCAGACCCUCACUCUAUCUCUUCCUCUAGAGAGGUCGAGAGAAAAGAGACUGCUUCAACGACGGUCACUCAUGUCCCCACAAUAGUCCACAAUGGAACCUCCAAGGUCACAUUGCCCUCAGCAAUCCAGAUAGUCAACGGCUCUGGAGCAUUACCAAUGCUCAAAACGCCCAUCACACAGGUGGUCUCAGUUGUUCAAAACAGAGGCCUUCAUCAAUCUGCAGCAAUCACAGCCUCCUCAGAUGUUUCCUCCACUUCCUCGACUUCUUCUUCCAAAAACCUCCCCAAGGUGAUGAUUCCUUUGAGCAGCAUCCCAACCUACAGUGCCUCCAUGGACUCCUCUUCCUUCUUGAAAACCUCCUUCAGUAAGUUCCCAUACCCCACAAAGGCUGAGCUCUGCUACUUGACUGUGGUCACAAAGUUCCCCGAAGAGCAGAUUAAGAUCUGGUUCACGGCACAGAGACUUAAACAGGGCAUCAGCUGGUCCCCUGAGGAAAUCGAGGAGGCCAGGAGGAAGAUGUUCAACACCAUCAUCCAGACAGCACCCUCCAGCUCACAGAACCAGACCCAGAGUCACCACAGCCCAGCCCAGCACACAAUCACAGUCCUGCCUGCGUCACUGGGAGCCACUGGGAUCCCUCAUAUCCUGCAGGGAUCUCUUGUCAGCCAAGGAGGGGUAAUUGUCACACAGCCUGUAAUGGCCAACGGUAUCCAGGUUAGCAGUGCUCCUGUGGCCCUGGCCGUCACACCUAAGCCCCAGGCAGCAGCCCGCCCCAUGAUGCAGGCCCGACCUGCCGCUGCCCUGGUGGCAGACAAAGGCAUCAGCAUGGUGGUGGGAACAGUGGGCAGCAGCAGUGCUGGGAGCAACACCAUUAGCAGCAGUAAUAGUAGUAGGAGUGGGGGAGGGGGCACUAGCAGCAUUAUUGGUAGCAGUCAAGCUAGUGUCAUUAACCUUAGUCUUGGAAGCAGUAAUCACAAUAAUGGUAGGGUGAGCAAUGUCAAUGGUAAACACAGCAGUGCUAAUGCAGACUGUAAUGACAAGAGCAAUAGUAAUGUUACCAGCCAUGCUAAGAACACUGAUAUCAGUAAAGCCAACAACACCAGCAUUGUGCAGAGUGACAACAAAGUAUCCACAGAAAGCAAAAACACAGCAGACAGCAGACCUAAUACCAGUAACAGCAAAACUGGCAGUGAUGGACAGAGGAGCAAAGACACUAAUGGUAGCAGCAGCAAAAGUGACACAACUAACACAAGCACAGAUGAUGUUGAGCCCACCACCAGUGACUCUCCAAGCAUCAAAAUGGAGGAGGCAUCUUCCCCUGCUUCCAAAUCUUCCUCUCCCUCUCCUGCAGCUCCUCCGAGCAGCACACCUGGCUCCCGGACACUUGUUAAUGCGUUCCUCGACCCCAACUUUUACAAGGGCAAGAAGUCUCAAGAGCAGCUUAACGCUCUGAAGGAUAGUUUUCAGGUCAGCCAGUUUCCCGACCAGGAGGAGGUCGACCGCCUCAUUGCUCUGACUGGGCUCACAGUGCGAGAGGUCCGCAAGUGGUUCAGCGACCGCCGUUACCACUUUCGCAACCUCAAAGGUACACGCACCGGCACGGUUGCACAGAGUAAGUCUGGCACUGCAGCUGGAACAGGGAGCGCUUCGAGUACGCCAGGGAGCGGCGCCGCAGGCAGUGCCAACCCUGUCGACCUGUCUGAAGGUAGCAGCAACUCUGGUGCAAAAACACCCCAGCACAGCUCUGCACCCCUGAGUCCAACUGCAUCACAGACACCCACCUCACCCACGACACCUUCCCGCCGACCCCCGAGACCACCUUCUCCUGAUUUCACAGCCAUCCGCUACAAGGAGCGAGAACCCCACCAGGUAAAGGCACUAGAGGCCAGUUUUGCCCAGGACCCCGACCCACCUGGAGAAGAAGUGGACAGACUGCGAUCUGAGACCAAGAUGACCAGAAGGGAGAUCCACGGCUGGUUCGCUGAGAGGAGGAAGAGAGUGGCAGCCGAGAAGAAGAAAGAGGAGGCAGAGCGGGCAAUGAGAGAGGAGGAGGAGGACAUGGAGGUUGAUGGGGAGGAACGACAGAGAGAGGACGGUUCAGGAGAACUGAAAGUCAACCCUAUUAAAAUAAAUCUGAAGAUGCUGAAGGUGACGGAGGCCAAUGGAAAAGCGGAGGGUGAAGCGUUGGAUAACCCUGCUUUACCGCUUCAGUCCAGCGGCACACCUACGUCCUCCCCAGGCCCCACCCCAUCUUCCACCCCCAAACCAUCCCAGUCCUCCACCCCAACACCCAAACCAUCCCACUCACCCAAACCCACAGCCAUCCGAGGUAAGAAGACAGCGGAGCAGCUUCACCUGCUCAAACAAGUCUACGCUCGGACCCAGUGGCCCAGCGCUACUCAGUAUGAUGAACUCAUCUCAGCUACUGGACUGCCCAGACCUGAAGUAGUGCGUUGGUUUGGGGACUGCCGUUACGUGCAGAAGAACGGCCAGCUGAAGUGGCUGGAGGCGUACCAGACCAUGGCUCUGGAGGAGGAUCUCCAGAAGGGGAACACACAGGUCCUCCAGGCCCACCUCAGCAUCCACGGCAGGCUGGAGGAGUCACAGUUGCAGGAACUGGCUCAGGCAAGCGGUUUAACAGUGGACUUAGUGCGACACUGGUUCUCUACUAAGGCCUCUUUGCCCCAGCAGAAGGAACAAACUGCUGCUGCUCAUUCGACAGAACCAAGACCAGUUGCACCAGGCGUGACGGCCGAGCCACCAACAACGGGAUCCUCCCCCCUGGAGUCGCAGCCAGGAGGAGGAGGAACGGAGGAGAAAAUGGAGCAGUCGGUGUGUGGCCUCGCCACAGAGGCACAGGACGCCAAAACUGACAAGACUGUGAAUGCUACUAAAGGAACCGACUGAAGAGGCCUUUUGUCUGAGGAUGGAGUUCACAACGCAGGUGGUCUUUGUUGGGAGCCUGAGUAAAAGAUGGCAGAUGCUGUUGUAACAGGAUCACUGGAUGGAAAUGGACCUUGAAACCAUCCCCACCCAUCCCUCUUUCUCCUUCUCGCUCACACCCCUAGAGGUAGGCAUGACCUCCCCCGCUACGUGAGAUGGACGCUAAAGCCACGAACCCCCCCCCCCCCCCCCCCCCCCCAUCUAUCCAUACACCCACCCACCCAGUUUCCCUGCCUUCCUUCUCCUGUUUUGUCUACCGCUCUGCUACACACACAUACUCUCUCACCCUCCUCCAGUAUCCUCCCGUCCGCCAUUUUCCCUUCAGAGAGAGGUUCCAGUAGAAACUGAAGUGCAGGAGUGGAGGUGGUGGUGGUGGAGGAGGAAGGGGCGAAGCAUUUUUCUGCCGUGUUUGUUCCGCCUGCCUGCUGGAAUGAUGGAAAGAAAUAAUAAAAAAUAAAAAAAAAUUUAAAAAGACGAGGGUAGAUGUGGAGGAAGAAGAAGAGGAGGAAAAAAAGGGAGAAGUGUGGUGGAGAAUGAGACCUCAGCAGAUGUUUAUCAGGGGGUUGGGUUUGGACGGUUAUCGACCAGGUCAACCUUCAGUCAGACGAGGAUUGUGUUGAGAAACUGUUCACAGUUCGGAUUUGGGAAUGAAAAACUGCACAGCUCUUUGCUACAGGGUGCUUGCCAAGGCCUUAAAGUAAAUCAAAAGAACCUUCAUUUUUCCAUUGUGUCAUUUUCAUACUCCUUUUUCCCCCACCACCAUGCACUCUCACACUUUGACUUUGUGCUUGCAGCUUUCCCUAAACGUGCUAGCAUCUUACGUGAAACACAGCACUGAUGUUCAUUUGAUUGUGUCUUGAAGUUAUUUUUGGACAUCUCUUUGUACUCACUUUUCAUUUCUUAUCUGUGCAUACUCUUUGGUUAAAUAGAACAUAAAAUUGUUCAGAACGGGAAAAGGUCUGGAAUUGUUUCAUCCAAAGAGGGCAAGCACCCUGUUGUGUCUAAAACAAAAAUUAAAGAGAAAAAAAAAAAAAAAAAAAA